UGGACUCGAAGAAAAUCGAUCAAGAUGCAAAAAUCCCACCCGAAACCUUACAAGGACUGAAGGACCUGGGUCUCUUUGGCAUGCAGAUUCCAGAGGAAUAUGGUGGGCUGGGCCUGUCAAACACCAUGUAUGCACGUCUGGGAGAAAUCAGCUCCCUGGAUGGCUCCAUUGCAGUGACCCUGGCAGCUCACCAGGCCAUUGGGCUGAAGGGGAUCCUCAUUGCUGGCACCGAGGAGCAGAAGGCCAAGUACCUGCCCCGCCUGGCCUCGGGGGAGCACAUUGCUGCCUUCUGCCUCACCGAGCCCGGCAGUGGGAGUGAUGCUGCAUCCAUCCAGACAAGGGCAACCCUGAGUGAAGAUGGGAAACACUUCCUGUUAAAUGGCUCCAAGGUCUGGAUCUCCAAUGGUGGCCUGGCCAGUAUUUUCACAGUGUUUGCCAGGACAGAGAUUGUGGACAAGGACGGGCAGGUGAAGGAUAAAAUCACUGCUUUCAUCGUGGAGCGGGACUUCGGGGGCGUCACCCAUGGGAAACCCGAGGAUAAACUGGGCAUUCGAGGCUCCAACACCUGUGAAGUACAUUUUGAAAACACCAAAGUGCCUAUAGAGAAUGUAAUUGGAGAAGUUGGAGGGGGAUUUAAGGUUGCCAUGAAUAUCCUCAACAGUGGAAGAUUUAGCAUGGGCAGUGCAUCUGCUGGAAUGAUUAAGAAGUUGAUAGAACUGACAUCAGAGUAUGCUUGCACCAGGAAACAAUUCAAUAAGAAACUCAGCCAGUUUGGAUUAAUUCAGGAGAAGUUUUGUUUGAUGGCUGUGAAAGCCUACGUGAUGGAGAGCAUGGCUUACCUGACUGCAGGGAUGAUGGACAGGCCAGGCUUCCCUGACUGCUCCGUCGAGGCUGCCAUGGUCAAGGUGUUCAGCUCUGAAGGUGCCUGGGCAUGUGUGAGUGAGGCUCUGCAGAUCCUUGGAGGCCUUGGCUACAUGAAGGAUUAUCCCUAUGAACGCUACCUCAGAGACACCAGGAUCCUGCUCAUCUUUGAGGGCACCAAUGAAAUCCUGAGAAUGUACAUUGCACUGACAGGGAUGCAGCAUGCAGGGAAGAUCUUAACUGACAAAAUUAAAGCAAUCAAGAAAGGAAACGUGGGAGUGGUGCUGGGGGAGUUCCUGACCAGGUUACAGGACACCCUGGGCAGGAAGGUGGAUCUGGGGCUUGUAGGUGACAGUGGGGUGGUGCAUCCCAGCCUCCAGGAGAAUGCCAAGAAACUUGAAGAAAACGUUUAUUAUUUUGGAACUACAGUCAGGGGCCUGCUAAGUAGGUUUGGCAAGACAAUAGUGGAUGAGCAGCUGGUGCUGAAGAGAGUGGCAGAUGUGGUGAUUAAUUUGUAUGCAAUGACUGCAGCCAUCUCCCGGGCCAGCCGCUCCAUCAGCAUCGGGCUCAGGAACCAUGACCACGAGGUGCUUCUUACAAAUAUCUUCUGCACAGAAGCCUAUUUCAAGAAUAAUUAUGCCAUGGCUCAAUUAGAAAAAUAUGCUGAUGAAAACCUGGAUGAUUCCAUUAAAAAAGCUGCAAAGCAGAUCCUGGAGAAGAGGGCAUACAUCUGCUCUCACCCUCUGGACAGGACCUUCUGAUUCCUCCCUGAGAGCAGGCACUCAUGAAUGUCAGUCAGGGAGGAAUUUGCUGCAGUUCCAGUAUUUGGCAUCUUAAAAGCAUCUGUUAUUUAAUGUCUUUACUAAAUGUAACUGUGUAAAAUAAAACUUCUUUCUAACCAAAA